AUGGAAAGAAGUACUGGACAGAGAUAUGAGGAUGAAACGACAGAACAACCGGUGGAUUACAGUAAAAAGUAUAGUGAAAGAAAAAUAGUGGUUGAAAAUCAUCCAAUUGAAAAUUCCUCUCGAACUGAUCGAUCUUGUAAAAAAGAAUUCGGAGAACGUGAUACUAAAGUAGAUUUAUUUGGAGAUUAUGCUGAAACUGAUCUUGAUCAACCAACAGAUUAUAGUUUACGAUAUGCUGAAGAUGACACAGAUGAUGAUGAGAAACAGAGUCCUGAAUAUUUUCCUGGAAGUGUUCAGGAAGAUACUGUAAAAACAUACUGUACUGAGGGAACUCCAUAUGAGACACCUUUCAAUUUUUCAACUGCAACUUCUAUGUCUGACUUACGUUUAGAGGAUGCAAAGGAAGCUGUAGAUUCACAAAAGAAGCUUAAUAAAAAGGAACUUAGUCGCAAAGAAGAUUUGAAUUAUGAACAUACACUAACAAUUAAUUGCAAUGAAGAUCGUUCACUUCUUGUUGAAAAGGAACUAGAAGUAUCUACAACUUCUGAUACAUGCAAACCUGGCUGUAUUUCCUCUGAGAAAUUACUUAAUUAUUACCAGGCAGGAACAUCAGAUGGAUUUUCUCGUGCAAACUCUUUAAGUUCUCUUGGUAGUGCAAUAACACAAAGAACUAAUGUUAUGGGAAUCAUUUCCAAAGUACCUUCUACAGAUUCUUCUGCUAAGGUAGAUAGUGUAUUAGAAAGAGCAGAUCGUACUGCAAUUAAUUCUAACAUUAACAUGUUACGUAUUCCUGAUGAAACUGAUAGUUCUGCAGAGGGAAAAAAUAAUUCUAGAGUGGUAGAUAAAGAAGGCAAAAUGGUUACAUUCAGCAGACAAGAUUAUUAUGCAGAGCAAACUCCUUUAAUGUUUUCACGUUGUAGUUCUUUGGGUUCACUAAGUGGAUUUGAACAGCAUUCCAUACACGACGAUCGUAGCUCUAUUAUAAGUGACUUUAGCCGUAGAACCAGUGGUGUUGUAUCUCCAAGCGAAUUACCAGAUUCACCUACACAAACUAUUCCUCCUAGUCCUCGUAAUCAUAAAAAUCAAUGUGCAGAUUUUACAGGCAAAAUACCAGAAGAAGCAGUAAGACCGUCAGUUCGACAUUUAUCAUAUUCAAAAUGUCAUGCACCAAGAACCAGUGUUUUUGAAGAUGAUAUCGCCACAUUUAAAGAGGAAUCAACUCCUAUUGAAUUUUCUACAGCUACUAGUCUUAGUUCUUUAACUAUCGACGAUGAAAUGAAAAUUGUUAAUACUUCUAAAUCUCAAACUGAUUUAAAGGAAUCCUCGAAUGAGCUGGAUAAAAAUAUCAAAGUAGAUUCUUCAGAAGAAAAAGUUAAUAAUGCGGAAGUUGAGAAAGAUCAGGAGCAAGUGAGCGAUGGUGACGAAGAUGACGAAGAUAUGUUGGCUGCGUGCAUCAGUAUGGGAAUACAAAAUAAUAGAUAUAGACAAUCUUUUAAAACGUCCACUGUCCAGAAACCCAUACAGUCGGAAUCAUCAAAUAUGUUGGUACACUGUCAUAGAACAUCAGUUUUAAACAGAUUGGAUCCUCCAGUUCCUGUUACUGUUACUUCUGUAGAAACACCAGUGACAACUUCAAAGUCUAAUAAGCCUGCGAUAGAGGUUGUUGCUGCACCAGAUACAGUACAUAUUUAUUGUACAGAAGAUACACCUGCUGAUAUUUCUCCAGUGGGUUCGCAAUCAAAUCUUUCAGCCUUGUCUAUGCCAAGUGUUCAGGAAGAUGUAGAAAGAAUUGAAGAAAUUAAAUCUUCGGGUGAAGUCGAAUGCCAUAGAAACGAUUUGUCGGAUGAGAGUUCUAACUUAUCUGGAGAAGAUGAAAAAAUUCUUGAUGAAUGCAUUCAAUCGGGAAUACCAAAAGUUCGACAAAUAACUCCACCACCAACUGGUUCCAUUCCCUUUGUUCAAAAAACGGAAGUUUUAUCACAAAGAUUUAAUAUAUGUGGUACUCCAUCAUCAUCUCCUGUAGAAAGAGGAAACAAAAAUUCUGUUCUUCGUAAACCCAUGUGUCGUACAUCGUUAGACCACGAAAAUGAUCUUUUUGACGACAGUCCUAAUCAUUCAGAUGAUGAAGCCAUCCUUAGCGAGUGUAUAAGAGCGGCUAUGCCUAAGGUUAGAUUAAAUAUUUCAGCACUUAUAGGACAAACAUUGCCGCAAACAACGGAAAAAUUAAAAAUGAUGACUCCAAGGAAACAAUCGCUAUCGUCUUCUACAUCAUAUCGACAAAUAGAAUAUGCAGAGGAGAGUAAACAUCAAUCAAAAAAAUCUGUUCCAUUUGAGGAUAAUUUAAGUCUCUCAGAAGAGGAGGAAGACAUUAUGUUGGCACAGUGUAUUAAAUCCGGCAUGCCAAAGGCAUUAAAUGUUUCAUCAAAUUCAUCUUUAGCUUCUGUAAAAAAACAACCAGAAUACUCAAAAACAAGAAAUACCAUCAGUACUUCGUCGUAUGUAAACAAACCCUAUUUAAUUAGAAAUGGCAUGUUACAAAGUCAAACAGUACAUAAAGUUAUUGAAAACGAUCUUUCUCUACAUGGAGGAUCUUCUUGUACCUUUCAUUCUACGAAGACUCAAGAAAGUAGGAGACAUAUUGUCAAAAAUGGCGGAAUUAAUGCAUACGAAAAAACAAAUCCCCAACAGUCAUAUACGAGGAAGUUUCCUCAGUCAGAUCAUGAACAUGGUACUAUAAAUGAAAAUAUACCGAGUGUUUCACGCUCCGAUAUUCCUAAUUGUAGAUCUCCCAUUUUAAAUGGAACGGAUAAUGACGAUGAUGAACCAUGUCGGAACAUUAUAAAGUCAAAUGUAGUGCCCUCUAGACAUAGUUCGGUUAGUUCCCUCAGUGAAGAGGGUUCUCUUGGAUCUAUUGAAGAAUGGGCUUUACUGGAGUUGUGUAUUAGUUCUGGAAUGCCCAGGAACAAAUAUCGUUUGAAGGGAAUGAAGAAUACAGAGGGAAAUGUUAAUGAAGAUCGUGAUGGCAUAGCUGAAGAUAAUUAUUCGAUAUGUAGUUAUAAUUCAUAUGUUUGUAAAACAUAAGGCAA